ACGAAAUGAGUACAUAAUAUAGUCAAUUAUACUGAGAUAGAAAAUUAUGAUAAGAUACAUACGAGGAGUCAAUUUUUUCUCCGCCUCUGCUAAUAAAGUAGGUAUUAUAUAAUCUAUGUACAAGAUAUAAGCUCAUAUCCUUUUUAUCCUGCCUUCACAUUCAGUCUUACAGCUUCUAAAUACACCAUUUCUAGCCUUAAAGUACUGUGAUUUAACAUAUAAUGGCUGUGGAUUGCUGCUCUUACAAUCUAAAUGAACAUAAAAUGGAUGAAGGUAAACAUGAAAAGGCGAAAGAAUACGAAGAAAAAGAAGAUGAAGAAGAAGAUGAUGAUUACAUUGACAUGGAAGUAAGUUCUUACACAACAACCUUGUCUGCACCCUCACAAAAUCCUCGAGAAUUCGAGUUCCAAAUGGGAUCGACGAUCAAUGUUGAACGAGAUACUACAACAUCCCCUGCUGAUGAGCUUUUCUACAUGGGAAAGUUGCUCCCUCUCCACCUUCCACCUCGCCUGCAAAUGGUCGAGAAGCUUCUAGAAGAUUCUACUCCAAAGAUGUUCAAUGCAGAUUUCUUUAGUACUCCUUUGGGCACACAUACUGCUGUCACCCCAAUAACAAGUACUACUCCUUUUGAGUCAUGUAAUGUUUCUCCUGUUGAAUCUUGUCAGGUUAGUAGAGAAAUUAAUCCCCAAGAGUAUUUUUUUGUAUAUGCAAAUGAAAAUAAUAAAGGGUUUAUGGGGGGUUUUCAUGGAAAGAAGUCUUGGACUAAAAAGCUUAAGACUAAGAUUAAAGCCUUGUUUGGAAAAUCACAUCAACAAUGUUCUUUAGUUGCUAAAAACGAAGAAGAUCGAGGGUUGAAUUCGAAUUUGAAUUCGAAAAAGGAUGAUUUUGAGAAGCAUAUCAAAGGAAUUAAGAAACAUCCAUGUAUCCAAAUCCCACAAAUUAAUGAAAAUGAUGCUAAGGAAGCUAAAAUUUGUCAUAGGAGAUCAUUUUCCGGGGUAUUUAAACGUCGUUCAUCAACGACUAAAUUAACAACUUCGUAUUCAUCUAUAUCGCCCUCUUCUUGUUCUUCUUCAUCCUCAUGUUCAUCGAAUAAUUCAAGCAAUUCUAAUGGUUUGAAUGAUUUCCCGAUGCUAAAGAGAAGUAGUAGUGCAAAUUCAGAGAUGGAAAGUUCUUUAAUCCAAGGAGCUAUUGCUCAUUGCAAGAAAUCAUCUAAGCAAGCAUUUCACACAAGAAAAACAUUAAGUGAAAUUGGUAGUAUGUCAUUGCCUUCUACCAGGUUUACUUCUACGCUUGAAGAUCUAACAACCCUUUGUAGGGGUUAAUAUAGAAGAAUAAGUCAAGUGAUUUAUGUAUCAGGCUCGGUGAAACAUAAUUCACUAGUUAGUUCGCCUUUUAAAUUCGCGAUUUACUUAAUAUGGUUCAAAAAUAGCAUUUUGAAUUCGCAAUUUGCAAGUUGAUUAGCGAAUCAUGUGAUUCUGAUCAGGUUUUUGUGCUAAUCUUAUAAGGUUUU